AUGGUUGAUAAUUUGCUGAAAUAUGGUGUGAACCCCCAUGGCCUGGAUGCAAAUGGCAAUGCACAAGAGCCCAUGCCGCUUGACGAGUUCCGUGUGAUGGUACGUGAGAAGCUAAAAGACUUCAGCUCGCAUUCACCUCAAGUGGGCCAUGAAGGCCACCUCAAUUGUUGCACACUACUAUGUAUUGCUGCAUUCCUGGGCUGCGAGGGAACCGUCAAGCUCUUACUGGAUAAUGGAGCGAACCCGAACGCCAUAGACCCGAAUGGUGAGAUGCCACUCCAUCUAGCAGUUAGGGACAAUAACUGCGCAAUUGUUGAGCGUCUUAUCAAGAAAGGCGCCUGUCUAGAAUCUCGUGAUUGUCAUGACCGGACUCCCAUUGACUGGGCUUUGAGUUUUGGUGGUCACGAAAUGAUAGAGCUUUUGCGCAAUAAAGGUGCAAGUUUCGGCUCUAUAGACUGGAGGGGCAUUGAUCCAGUUUUUCGAGCCCUUGAGUAUGGUCAUACUAACGGAAGGGCAAUUUUGCCGCCGCAUAUCGUUGAAUGGGCGGACGACCACGCAAUUCGUCAUCAAAACAGAUGGCCAUACGGCCAAUAUCCUGGAGACUGA